UCUAUAUUAGUUAGUAUAUCUAUUUUCCUGGCAAAAAUCACUUCUAAAAUAAAUUAAUCCAUAUAAAUAUCUAUAUAUCUAUCUAUUUAUCAUGUUUUUCUUGGCUAUAAAAGUGCAUAAGUAUCUAGAUAUAUCUUUAUAAAUAUAUUAUAAUAAUUCAAUUAAAAAAUCCUAAUCAUAAUUACAAUCACUAAAAAUGAGAGUUCUUUAUUUUGUUUUUUUGCUUCUCGUAGUCUUUAGCGUAGUAUCAGCUUCAAAAUCUCAAAGAAAGCUUAGAUCAAAGACUGAUGCCACUCCUUGUAAUUCAAACUCAGACUGCAAAUUCAAUCAAAGAUGUAUUGAACCUAAAAGUGGUGUCAAAUUUUGUGUCAAUUUCGUAUGAUUGAUUCAUAAAUAAGAUUUAUUAAUAUUUGUAUUUGUUGUAAUUCACAAA